ACGGCGCCUCCACAAAUGCCAUCGGAUCCGCACCCGCACGCUGCAUCAGAAUCUGAAGCUCACGGGACGCCCGACUGAGACAGACAUCUCUGCCACUCACUCCUUCACUACUUCCCACCUCUGCGAAGCCAGCUACAGCACCCACCACACUCCCCACACCGCGACUCGAACGGCCCCACACCAUGUCUGAAAUCAAGCAGGAAGCGCAGCAGAAGCUCGCCGAAUCGACGCAGGCUAUCCCCCAGAGCACGGCAGCACAGCAGAGCGACAAUGUCGCGCACGCGCUCGCCGGUGCGGGAGGCGGUCUGCUCUCCAUGGCGCUGACAUACCCCCUCAUCACCCUCUCGACCCGCGCCCAGGUCGAGUCGAAGCGCGCCCAGUCGUCGACACUGGGCGCCGCACGCCGCAUCAUCAAGCGCGAGGGCAUCACGGGCCUGUACGCGGGCAUGGACUCGGCCCUGUUCGGCAUCACGGUGACCAACUUCGUCUACUACUACUGGUACGAGUGGACGCGCUCCUUCUUCGAAAAGGCCGCGCUCACAUCCGGCCGCGCCUCGAGCAAGCUCACGACCAUCGAGUCCAUGAUCGCGGGCGCUAUCGCCGGAUCUGCCACGGUGCUGCUCACAAACCCCAUCUGGGUCGUCAACACGCGCAUGACGACGCGCAAGUCCGAGUCGGACGAGCCAGUCCUGCCGGGCAGCACGCCCGCCAAAGCCCCCUCGACGCUUGGCACGCUGCUCGCUCUGAUCCGCGAAGAGGGCCCGCUGCGCCUGUUCGCGGGCGUUGCGCCGGCGCUGGUCCUCGUCAUCAACCCCAUCCUGCAGUACACCGUCUUCGAGCAGAUGAAGAACUUCCUCGAGAAGAAGCGCAGGGUCACCCCCAAGGACGCCUUCUACCUUGGUGCCCUCGGCAAGCUGCUCGCGACCAGCAUCACCUACCCGUACAUUACGGUCAAGAGCAGGAUGCAUGUUGCGGGCCGCGAUAGCAAGCCCACGAGCAUGAUGGCGACGCUGAAGAAGAUCAUCAGCGAGGAGGGAUACAGUGGGCUGUACGGAGGUAUCGGACCCAAGGUCACCCAGAGCGUCAUCACCGCCGCUUUUCUGUUUGCGUUCAAGGACGUCUUGUAUGCGUACACUGUCCAGGCGCGCAGGAAGAUCGCCCGCAAGUAGAUUCGUAGUACCAGUGCAUCUCGCUGGUAGUGCAAGCUGCGCCGGCAAGCAACAUCCCACGGACGCAGUGCGUGAGGGCACAAAGUCCGAAUGUACACGAUCGCUGUACAACAGUGCGAGGUAGGAAAAGUUGAGAUUAUGUAUAUACCCUGAAUUCAUGCCAUGUUCUGUUUUA